CUAAAACCCGAGCACAUCAGUCAGCUAAAUACUAACUUACCUACUUCAUCUAUCCAUCAGAACUGAGUCUCUAUCCUCAGCAUGACCACACUAAUGACCCAACCCUGAAUCAAAGACUCAAAAGUCGUCAGUCAGACUGGCGUCAUGGUCCCGAAGAAACGAGGAAAAGAGACCCGAUAGCAAGUGGUGGUGUAUUCACUAACUAACUAACCUUCCAACAUAACACUUUGAUUUUUGUUUUCUUAUCGCGGGGUCUAUGACUGCGAUAUAGUGUACUUACUAGUACUCACUCGGCUCUUACUUUAUCGGGAUCAUACUGUCUACCUAUCUGGAUAGAUAGAUAGAUAGGUAAUCUGUGUGAACUCUCGCAACAACACUACACCAUGGUCCAAGUAUCCUCUCUAGCAUUAGUAGGCUAUCUAGCUCCAGUGCUCGUUACGUUUCUGCUCUUUGUAACAUGGCUCAUCCUCGGUACCCGCCGUCGCCGUCGCCGCCGUCGCCUCUACGGCCCUACAUACCCCUACUCGGACGCCGAAAUGGCGGCGGCGGCGGCGGGGGGACAACGUAAUCCCCGGAUUGUAAUCUCGCAGCAGCUCAUCGAUGUACUUUAUCCGCAGGUGAAGUACAAGGACUGGUUGGCUGGGAGGCAGAAUCAGCAGCAGCAGCAAAGACAGCUGGAUCAAUCAUCGGGUGCGAUAGCGCAAGUGAGAUCCACGUCUGGGGAUAAUACUUCCGGUGAAUCACCAGACAACGUCAACAUCAACACCAACACCAACAUCAGCAACAACCAAGAAAGAGACAACGACACAGAAGAUACAGAUACAAGCGGAGACAACCACCGCACAUGCGCAAUAUGCAUAGACCAGUUCGCUGACGAUGACGACAUCCGAUCCCUACCGUGCAGACAUAUCUUCCAUACGGUGUGUUUGGAUCCGUGGGUCACGAAGAAGAAUGCGUUUUGUCCGUUGUGUAAGAGGGCUUUGUGUGGGGUGAAGAAGGGGGAUAGUGGGAGUGGAGGGGAUAGGAGGAGUUGGCCUUGGAGGAGGCAAUCGCAGAGGGCGAGUGCAAGGGUGGUUUCGGUUUCGGUGCCCGAGGCGGCGGUUGUUAGAGGGUCGGUUUAGUUCGUAUGUUGCUUUGGGCAAUUGGGGUGGUGAGUGGCCUUGCUUGGGGAAGAUGGGGGAAGGGCAGGUCCUGGUAGAGAGGACAUCAUACAAUACUAAACGUACGCGGAGUACGCAAUACACAAUACUAG